AUGGCGGCGCGGCCUGCGUCCCGGAUGCUGAGGAGGGUCCUGAGGAUCUGCACGCGGAGCUGCAGUUCGUGGGCUCCGGUGACGCAGCCCAGUCCCGGAGAGUCCUCCCAGCCUGUGGUGGAGGAGCUGUCCAGGAGGAGGCAAUUCCUGAGGGAACACGCUGCCCCCUUUUCCACCUUCCUCACUGACAGCUUUGGCCGCCAGCACAGCUACCUGCGAAUCUCCCUCACCGAGAAGUGCAACCUCAGAUGUCAGUACUGCAUGCCUGAGGAAGGGGUCCCCCUGACCCCAAAGGCAGACCUGCUGACCACUGAGGAGGUCCUGACCCUUGCACGGCUCUUUGUGAAGGAAGGUGUGGACAAGAUCCGACUCACGGGUGGGGAGCCGCUCAUCCGGCCUGACGUGGUGGAUAUUGUGGCCCAGCUUCACGAGCUGGAAGGCCUCAGGACCAUUGGCGUUACAACCAACGGCAUCAACCUCGCCCGGCUGCUACCCCAGCUUCAGAAAGCAGGCCUCAGUGCCAUCAACAUCAGCCUGGACACCCUAGUACCAGCCAAGUUUGAGUUCAUCGUCCGUCGGAGAGGUUUCCACAAAGUCAUGGAGGGCAUCCACAAAGCCAUCGAGCUGGGCUACAACCCCGUGAAGGUGAACUGUGUGGUGAUGCGAGGCCUCAAUGAAGACGAGCUUCUGGACUUUGUGGCUUUGACUGAGGGUCUCCCCCUGGACGUGCGCUUCAUAGAGUACAUGCCCUUCGAUGGCAACAAGUGGAACUUCAAGAAGAUGGUCAGCUACAAGGAGAUGUUGGACACAGUGCAGCAGCGGUGGCCAGAGCUGGAGAAGCUGCCAGAAGAAGAGUCCAGCACAGCCAAGGCUUUUAAGAUCCCCAGCUUCCGAGGCCAGAUCAGCUUCAUCACGUCCAUGUCUGAGCACUUCUGUGGCACCUGCAACAGGCUACGGAUCACAGCUGACGGCAACCUCAAAGUCUGUCUUUUUGGAAACUCAGAGGUAUCUCUCCGGGAUCACCUGCGGAUGGGGGCCUCAGAGGAGGAGCUGCUGACCAUCAUCGGGGCUGCUGUGGGCAGAAAGAAGCGGCAGCACGCAGGCAUGUUCAGUAUUUCCCAGAUGAAGAACCGGCCCAUGAUCCUCAUCGGUGGGUGA